AUGCAACGGUUCCAAGACAUACCAUCGUUCCAGCAGUAUCCGCACGCCUUUCCGGUCUCGAUGUCACUGCAGGAGUAUCAGCACAAGUUUGAGGCACUUGAGCCCCGAGCUCGGUGCACGGACGAGUCGGUCGCCCUAGCAGGACGUGUUGUGGCGAUUCGCCAUGCCAGCAAGAACCUCGUGUUCUUGGAUCUGCAGAACGAUGGCCACACGGUGCAAGUUCUGUCCGAGGUGAAGCACUUUCGAGGAUCAAGAGAUGAUGCUACUGGCGGUGCUGGUGCUGGUGCUGGUGCUGGUGCUGGUGACAAUAACAGUACCGACGAGACAGUGAAGAGCGAGUUUCGAGCGCUGCACGAGAGUCUGCGUCGUGGCGACAUCAUUGGGGUCACGGGGUUUCCCGGCAAGUCUGGAAAAGGCGAAUUGAGCAUUGUGCCAAGACAGCUGCAAGUGUUGGCUCCUUGUCUCCAGCCUUUCCCGAACAGCAAAUACGGCAUCAAAGAACCAGAAAUCCGCUUCCGCAAGAAGUACCUGGACUUGCUGACGAAUCCAGGUGUGCGGUCAAUUUUCGUGACACGCGCAAAAGUUGUGCGCGGGAUUCGUCGGUACCUUGAAAGCCGCAACUUUAUCGAAGUCGAGACGCCAAUGCUGUUUUCGGCGGCAGGUGGCGCAGCCGCUCAGCCGUUUGUGACGGACUCGCGGGCACUUGGCAAGGAGCUGUAUCUGCGCAUUGCGCCAGAACUGUUUCUAAAACAGCUCGUGAUCGGUGGUUUUGACCGCGUGUUCGAGAUCGGCAAGGUCUUUCGAAAUGAGGGCAUUGAUGCCACGCAUAAUCCAGAGUUUACCAUAUGCGAGUUCUACCAGGCGUACGCGGACUACAACACUCUCAUGGAUAUGGCAGAACAGAUGAUCGCGGGUAUCGCCAAGGACGUGACAGGGUCGUGCAUUGUACAGUACCCUAUCGAAGACGCAAGCGAAGAGGUUGGUGAAGGAUCUGCCGACAACCACUCGAUGGUCGAGAUCAACUUCACGCCACCUUACAAGCGUCUUCCCGUCCUUGACACACUCGAAGUGUGUCUAGGCGACAAGCUUCCGGACGUGAAUUCACCAGAUUCCAUACCGAAACUGCUGGAGCUGUGCGAGCAACAUAAUAUUGAAUGCUCCAAGCCGCACACGUGCGCUCGCCUGGUCGAUAAGCUCAUUGGGCACUUCAUCGAGCCCAAAUGCGUGCAUCCGACGUUCUUGUACAACCACCCGACGUGCAUGAGUCCGCUCGCCAAAGCACACCGCGAGCAGGAGGGCGUGACUGAGCGUUUUGAGCUCUUUGUGGCAGGCAAAGAGCUCUGUAACGCGUACACGGAGCUGAACGAUCCGUUCGACCAGCGCCAGCGGUUUGCAGCACAGCAGGCGGAUCAGCAGCGUGGCGACAGCGAGGCGCACAGCAAGGACGACGAAUUUUGCACGGCGCUCGAGUACGGCUUGCCACCAACGGGUGGAUUUGGAAUCGGUGUCGACCGCUUGGUCAUGCUGCUUUCGGGCAAGACGCACAUUCGGGAGGUCAUUAUGUUUCCUGCGAUGAAGGCCAAGGAAGAUACAGCAAAGCUGUAG